AUGUCCAGCUCACCGCCGUCAGGCCGGCGCAUCACCGUGAGAUCCAUCGCCUGCCGCGGCGUCAAGGCCUUCGUCCCCUUCCAGAAGCCGCCGCUCUACGCGGCCGUGUCCCUCGCCGGCCGCCGGGAGAAGACGCCCGCCGACCCCGGCGGCGGCGAGAACCCGGACUGGGACGGCGCCGUCUUCGGGUUCGACUUGGACGGCGACGGCGGGCUCCUGCAGUUCGAGGUGAAGGCGCAGGUGCCGCUCCUCGGCAACAAGCUCGUCGGCACGAUCUGCGUGCCGCUGUCGCACCUCUGCAGCGGCGGCGGCGACGGCACGGUGCCGCGGCGCGUCAGCUACCAGGUGCUCGCCCCCGACGGCAAGCCCAACGGCAGCCUCAGCUUCGUCUGCGCCGUCACCGGCGGCGCGCCGCACUCGUACCAGCAGCCGCAGGUCUAUGCGGCGCGGCCGGAGCAAGACGCCAGCCCUUGUUGCGCGCCUCCGCCGCCGCUGCACAGUUUGGGCGCCUAUCCACCUCCGGCGACGCCGUACUUUGAGCAGCAGGGCAGCAGCUACCCGCCGCCACCAGUGUCAACAUCGCUGUAUCCGCCGCUACAGGACAUGCUGCCGCCAAGCAACUACCCUCCUCCGCCGCCGCGAAUGAUCGACUCGCUGUUUCCGGUGUCAAAUUCCGGACCAAACAGCAGCUACCCAGUGCCGCCGACGCAAACUACUGCAUAUCCGCCACCACCUGGGUCGUCUGCCGCCUAUUCGGUGCCUCCGACACAACACAUCGGCAACUAUCCGCCAAGGUAUCCUCCGACUCCACCACCGAGCGGUUACCCACCUCAGCCACAAAUGAACCAUGAGUUCCCCGCUCCCAUCAACUGCUAUCCUCCUCCACCUCCGCCGGAGUCCGGCUCAGUAUUUUCAGUAUAUCCAAGAUCGACGUCAUCGCCGGCGCCAAGAUCAAUGGAUCGUGAAUCACCAUACAUGGCAUCAUCGUUUCAAGACUCCGGGAUAGUCACUUACCCGGAAUCGCACGGGCCGCGGGUGCCUUCUGGUGGCUCUUACUACCCUCCGUCGGGGAUACCGGAUACGGCAUCAGGAAGAUGGGGCGAGUUCGCCAUACUACUACACUCAUCCUGGGCCUAG